AUGUUCACCCAUACUAAACUCCCUCCCAACACUUCUCAACCGCCAAAAAGGGCAUCGCAAGAGCUCGCUGAGCCCGCUGAGCCCGUUGGGUCCACGGGCCCUCUAUCCUCAAGCGGUCUCACUCUCCAAGUCGAUUUUGCCUGGUCAAAGUUCCGCAACAUAGUAGCUUCUAAAGGCCCUGAUCAACAGCUCGCGCCGCUCUACGUUCAGCAUUUUCGCCCGGCAAAGCCUCAGUUGCGCUUCGAGCGCGCGUCAGAUCACGCAAUCAUCGCCAAAGGCACCGUCCACAGUUUCUCAAUCAGUGGCGAUUGCAUCAUUCAUGGCCAAGAAGUCAUUCUGAAGCCACUGAAACGCUGGAAGACCAAAUACAACUAUCUCUCGCAGGCGCUCGAUGGCGUUCCCAUCACCUGGACAGCCAACUCUACCAUGAAAGUCUGGGAUUUCGUAUGCAUAAACUCCGCGACCCAGGAAUCUAUCGCCAAGUUCAGCGUCAAUUUAUGGGCGAUGAAGCAAGUCGGCAACUUCUAUUUUGAGAAGACAGAAGAGGAGGUUACAGAGGCUCUGAGAGACGAAGUUGUUGUCACAGGACUUACUCUGCUCUAUCUUAUGAUGUCAAGGAUGAACAACCCGAUUCAUCUUCUUGGUGCUGCCUUCUCGAAGCCAGGAAAGGUUGAGGGCGAUGGGGUUGAAGGUGCGAUAGCACAGGAGGAUGAACCGUCAACUGGCAAAGCGAAGAUCAUUUGA